AUGGUCUCGAAGACAUUGACGCUUUUGGGGUUCGCGGCGGCGGCAGUCGCCAAGGUGCAGUUCUUGGGAGUCGCUAUAUCAGGCGGUGAUUUUGGAUGCGAAAUCGAUGGAAGCUGUCCCAUAGGCAGAGUUCAGCUGCCUCUGAUGUCCCUAGGAGGUGGCGACGGCGAAGGCCAAAUGAACCAUUUCGUACAGGAUGACAAGCUGAACAUGUUCCGCCUGCCCAUUGGUUGGCAAUUCCUUGUAAACAAUCAACUUGGCGCACAGCUCAACUCUAACAACCUCGGCCGCUACGAUCAGGUCAUGCAAAAGUGCCUCGCGACUGGCGCUUACUGCAUGUUGGACAUUCACAAUUUUGCACGAUGGAACGGCGGUAUCAUUGGGCAGGGUGGACCGACAGACGACCAGUUCGUGUCCUUGUGGACACAGCUUGCGCAGAAGUACAAGGACAACGACAAGGUCGUUUUUGAGCUCAUGAACGAACCACACGAUCUCGAUGUCAAGAUCUGGGCAGCAACGUGCCAGAAGGUUGUCACGGCGAUCCGACAGGCUGGGGCGACGAAACAGAUGAUCUUACUGCCCGGAACCAACUUCAACUCGGCCGAGUUUCUAGUCAGCAGCGGCAGCGCGGAGGCUUUGGCGGCGAUCACGAAUCCUGACGGAACCACGGAUGGUCUUAUCAUCGAUGUCCACAAGUAUCUCGACGAAGACAACAGCGGCACGCAUAAGCCAUGCACAACCGACAAUGUGGAGAGUUUCAGGAAGGUAGCCGAGUUUCUGAGGUCCAAGGGUCGAAAGGGGUUGGUUAGCGAAACGGGGGCUUCAAGUGACUCCUCGUGCUUCACCGCCUUUUGUGCACAAAACACCUUUAUCAACCAGAACUCUGACGUAUUCAUUGGCCUCGUCGGAUGGGCCGCUGGUAGCUUCGACACCAACUAUGUUCUCAGCCUAACGCCGAAGAAAUCAGGCAAUGGCUACACCGAUAACGAGCUGAUGAAGCAGUGCGUUCUCGGGACGUGGGAUACUGAGCAAAACGUGACAACACCGACGACGACGACGUCUUCACGACCUGCUGCUUCCGCGGCACCAAGUGUGGCUCCGUCUUCGCGUCCGACUUCCCCGCCGAUUUCGAGGAGCGAGGAGGGCAUCUCGCCGCCAACGAGCGCAGUUACCAUCCCGACAACAUUACUGGUUGACACGUCAACACCCACACCGCCAGUUCCGACUGGAGGCCGCGGAAGGAAUGGAACAGUUACCACGGGUCCCCCGGCGGCUCCGACCGCAGCCGGUGCGAGGAUCGAAGUGGUGGGUUCAAUUUUGGUUAUGACUUUGAUUGCAGCAAUCCUGCUAUGA